UUUGGGGAAGGAACGCCUAUUACCUAAAAGAGACUUAACCCUCCCAUUUUGGAACUGACCAUCCAAUCCCGUUCCACUGCGAAUGAUUGUACAAGCCAUGGCUUUAAAAGAGAACCACAAUCAAUGGAAAUCUAACAUUACGUUACAACAUAGGAGGGAUCAACUUUGCACGUGCAUCUUCUAAUAAGCAAAUAUAAACUGGACUAAACGCGCUCAUAGAGACACAAUGGUUAGCCUCAACCCUUUAACGACAGCAUGCUGGAGAAAUGUUCACGGCACACGGCAGCUGUUGGUCAAUUUACGCGCUUUGCACAAGUCCGCGACGAGCGAGGCUCUGGGGAUCUCCGCAGCUGGACAGGCGGACAUGCCCGAGAGGCUCCUCACGCCAGACACAGCCCGCGGCGGCAACAUGGAAAAAAUUGCCCUGAAGAGUCUGAAGGACAUGCCUGGCCCCAGCACUUUGUCCAACCUCAUCGAGUUCUUCUGGAGGGAUGGCUUUGCCAGAAUACAUGAAAUCCAGUUGGAGCAUCAGAAGAAGUAUGGGAAAAUCUUCAAGUCUCGCUUUGGGCCACAGUUGGUGGUCUCAAUCGCGGACCGUGAAUUGGUUGCCCAGGUUCUGAGGGCAGAGGGCGUGGCUCCACAGAGGGCCAACAUGGACUCCUGGAAGGAGUACAGAGACAUGAGAGGCCACUCGACGGGACUCAUCUCAGCAGAGGGGGAAGACUGGCUGAAGAUGCGCAGUGUCCUUAGGCAACUCAUAAUGCGACCACGGGACGUAGCAGUGUUUUCUGAUGAUGUGAACUGUGUUGUGGACGACUUAAUUAAGCGACUUCACUUUCUGCGCUCUCAGCAACCUGAUGGAGCCACUGUCUUAAAUGUGAAUGAUCUCUUCUUUAAAUACGCCAUGGAAGGUGUGGCAGUCAUUUUGUACGAAUGUCGACUUGGCUGUCUGCAAAAUGAGAUUCCAAAAGAAACUCAAGACUACAUAAGUGCACUACACCUAAUGUUCAGCACCUUCAAGACAACAAUGUACGCUGGGGCUAUUCCCAAGUGGCUCAGACCAAUCAUCCCCAAACCGUGGGAGGAAUUCUGCGACUCCUGGGACGGCCUUUUCAAAUUUAGCCACAUUCACGUCAGUAAGAGGCUUUCCCAAAUCAAAACCCAGCUGGAGUGCGGAGAGGAAGUUAAAGGAGGGAUGCUCACACAUUUGCUUGUCACCAAGGAGAUGACCAUGGAGGAGAUCUACGCCAAUGUCACGGAGAUGCUACUGGCUGGAGUUGACACGACUUCUUUCACCCUGUCUUGGGCCACUUAUUUAUUAGCACGUUACCCACAUAUACAGCAACAGAUCCAUGAAGAAGUGGAUAAAACUUUAGGACCCAACACAGUGCCUUCUGCUGAUGAUGUCUCUCAACUGCCACUUAUCCGCGGUCUGGUCAAAGAGACACUCAGGCUUUUUCCUGUUCUCCCAGGCAAUGGUCGUAUUACUCAAGAUGACUUGGUGGUGGGCGGAUACUUCAUCCCUAAAGGGACGCAGUUGGCUCUGUGUCAUUACUCAACAUCUCUGGAGGAGGAAAGCUUUACGGAUGCUACGGACUUUAGACCAGAUCGCUGGGUAAGAAAAGACACAACAGACCAUGUCGACAACUUUGGCUCCAUUCCUUUUGGCUACGGCAUCAGAAGUUGCAUUGGCAGAAGAAUCGCAGAGUUGGAAAUGCACCUAGCUCUCAUAAGGAUGAUUCAGAAGUUUCGCAUUGAGGUGUCCCCGAAGACUGAUUAUGUCAAAGCCAAAACCCAUGGCCUGCUCUGUCCAGGUGCCCCCAUAAACCUAAAGUUUGUUGAAAGGGAAUAUUAGAUGUACACUUUUGUAUAUAUAUGUCUUCUUAGUUGUGUUGAUAUAUUUUGAUAGAACAGUUUUUAGAGAUUUUAAUGCUGACUGAAGAGUUUUCUCAGCAGUAACUUAUUUUAACCUCCCUUGCUUUCUUAUAAAUGAAAUGGACUGAAAAUAUUAACUUUUUUGUAUGUAUAUUUAUACUCUUAGAUGUUUCAUUAUUUCAUUGCAACUCCCAUUAGUUGUUGAAAAUAAGCAAUGGGCACAUCCUGGCCAGUUCUAUAGCUCUUCUUUGACCUUUUUCUGUUUGUUAAGAAAAUAAUAGGGUUUGGCUGUUGUUUGUGUCCACUUGUGUCCAGCCUGACUGAUCAAAAAAACUUUAUACUUCACUGUCAGUUACAUUUUACUGAUUCCUUUGGUGUAAACAGACUUACGAAAGAGCACCAGCAAAUGUAUUGAAAAUGAAUGUAAUGUAUGUAUAUUAUGAGCUGUUUUCAUAUCCCUAAAAGUGGUAUUAAGAUAAGGUGUUUUCUAAAUGUAUGAAUGAGUAUAAUAUUUUGCAUCAAGAUGGUUGAAGGACUUAAAGUAACUUGAAAGUAAUAGAUGAAGUUUAUAGUUUACCAGUGUUAGAAAUACAAAAUACGAAAUGUGACUUUGGUAAACACAUUUAGCUGAAUCAGUGUUUCUCAAACUAUAAAUAUACUACAAUAAAUAUAGGCUACUAUAAAUAUUUGGAUUUCCAUGCAUAACCACCAUAUUUAACCUUUAUCAGAAUGAAGACGAACUCAAAGGAAGACCAAAAUAUGACAAACCAAAACAAUAAAAUUAAAGGUCAAAACCACAGAAAACGCUGAAAAAGCUUGUGUACCACCAGAGUUUGAGAGUCACUGAUCUAAAUCGAGGAAGGCCACAUAAUGAUGUAUAAUAAAGGCACCGUAUGUGAGGUAACUGUUGGAGGGGAGAAAGUUUGAUUAUGACAUUGAAGGAAUAAAUGUAAGUAGGCCUACUGUAUUUGUAUGGUAUGUUGGCUUCAGCAAAAC